AUAAUAAUAAUAAUAAUAAUAAUACCCCCUUUUCUCCUCUUCCGCUUCACUUCUCCUCCAUUUCUCCUCUUCUUCUCCGUACACACAGAACCCCAAAGCCCCUUUUGCGUCGCCGGAACUGACCGGUUUUCUCCCUAAAUUGAAGCUUUCUUUGGAUCUUACAUUCUCGAGGCGAGGACCGACAUCUGUAGCUUCGGCUACACCUGCCGGCUUCUUCAUUCCUUCCCAUCACGGGAUUCCGGCGAGGCAUCGCCGGAAGACCGCCGUUUCUACUAAGGCCAAUGACCCACAAAAUUUUCUCGUGAUUUUCUUCGUCUGAACUACCCUUUGGCAUGUGAAAGAGGAAGUAUCGGCUGAGGUGGUUCAGUCACUAUGGAGUCGUGCAACUGCAUUGAUCCACAAUGGCCAGCUGAUGAAUUGUUGAUGAAGUAUCAAUAUAUAUCGGAUUUCUUCAUUGCACUCGCUUAUUUCUCUAUCCCUCUAGAGCUGAUCUAUUUUGUCAAGAAAUCUUCGGUGUUUCCAUAUAGAUGGGUCCUUGUUCAGUUUGGUGCUUUCAUAGUUCUAUGUGGGGCAACACACCUUAUUAACUUAUGGACUUUUACCACACACUCGAGAACUGUGGCGAUAGUAAUGACCACUGCAAAGGUUUUAACUGCAGUGGUGUCAUGUGCAACUGCCCUCAUGCUUGUACAUAUUAUUCCUGAUUUAUUGAGUGUUAAAACCAGAGAACUGUUCUUGAAAAACAAGGCUGCAGAGCUUGAUAGAGAAAUGGGCUUGAUUCGUACGCAAGAAGAAACAGGUCGUCAUGUGAGGAUGUUGACCCAUGAGAUCAGAAGCACUCUUGAUAGACAUACCAUACUGAAAACCACUCUUGUUGAGCUGGGUAGAACUUUGGCAUUGGAAGAGUGUGCCUUGUGGAUGCCAACACGUACUGGAUUGGAGCUUCAACUCUCCUACACUCUCCGUCAGCAGAACCCAGUUGGACUUACUGUGCCUAUUCAUCUUCCUGUGAUCAAUCAAGUUUUCAGUAGUAACCGUGCAGGAAAAAUAUCACCAAAUUGUCCAGUGGCAAGGCUACGGCCUCUUGCAGGAAAACACAUGCCCGGAGAGGUUGUUGCUGUUCGUGUCCCACUCCUACAUCUCUCUAACUUCCAAAUUAAUGAUUGGCCAGAGCUCUCGACAAAACGAUAUGCUUUGAUGGUCUUGAUGCUGCCCUCAGAUAGUGCAAGGCAAUGGCAUGUUCAUGAGUUAGAGCUGGUUGAAGUAGUCGCCGAUCAGGUGGCCGUUGCUCUCUCACAUGCUGCAAUAUUAGAAGAGUCGAUGCGGGCAAGGGAUCUUCUUAUGGAGCAGAAUGUUGCUCUAGAUCUGGCCAGGAGAGAAGCAGAAACAGCAAUUCGUGCUCGCAAUGAUUUCUUGGCAGUUAUGAACCAUGAGAUGAGAACUCCCAUGCAUGCAAUCAUUGCACUUUCUUCCUUGCUGCAGGAAACCGAGCUCACACCUGAGCAGCGCCUGAUGGUCGAAACAAUAUUAAAGAGUAGUAAUCUUUUGGCUACUCUCAUAAAUGAUGUAUUAGAUCUUUCAAGGCUCGAAGAUGGCAGCCUUCAACUUGACCUUGGAACUUUUGACCUUCAUUCUGUAUUUAAGGAGGUCCUUAACUUGAUCAAGCCUGUUGCAUCCGUCAAGAAGUUGUUGGUUACAUUAACUUUAGCACAAGAUUUGCCAGUGUAUGCUGUAGGUGAUGAAAAACGCCUUAUGCAAACUAUUCUAAAUGUUGUUGGUAAUGCUGUGAAGUUUUCUAGAGAGGGCAGCAUCUCAAUCACUGCUUUUGUUGCAAAAUCAGAAUCUUUAAGAGAUUCUCGAGCACAGGACUUCUUUCUUGUGCCAAGUGAUAAUCACUUUUAUUUGCGUGUACAGGUGAAAGAUUCAGGAUCAGGAAUUAGCCCCCAGGAUAUGCCUAAGCUCUUUACGAAAUUCUCGCAAACUCAAUCACAAGCAACUACAAAUUCUGGUGGCAGCGGACUUGGCCUUGCAAUUUGUAAGAGGUUUGUAAAUCUUAUGGAGGGACAUAUUUGGCUUGAAAGUGAAGGUCUUGGAAAGGGAUCUACUGCCUCUUUUGUCGUGAAACUAGGAAUUCCAGAGCUAUCUAAUGAAUCCAAGCUUCCUUUCGUACCUAAAGUGCCAGCAAAUCAUGGUCAGACAAACUUUCCAGGGCUCAAAGUUCUUAUUACGGAUGAUAACGGGGUUAGCAGGACAGUGACAAAGGGACUGCUUGUGCACCUGGGAUGUGAUGUGACGAGUGUAAGCUCAAGUGAGGAGUGCUUGCGUGUUGUUUCUCAUGAACAUCAGGUGGUAUUCGUAGAUGUGUGUGCCCCCGGCAUAGAUGGCUAUGAGCUUGCUGUCGGUAUACGUGAAAAAUUUACAAAACGACACGAAAAGCCACUUAUCGUAGCACUUGCUGGAAACACAGACAAUGUUACAAAGGAGAACUGCAUGCGGGUUGGUAUUAAUGGAGUUAUACUCAAACCUGUUUCAGUUGAUAAAAUGAGGAGCAUUUUGUCUGAACUUUUGGAGCACCGGGUUCUGUUUGAGGCCGUAUAAUUGAUACGCAACCACCCCAAAUAAUUCUUUUUUCUUUUUUUUUUUUUCUUUUUUUUUUGUGAAUUUCUGUCUCGUGUACAUAUGUACCUCGUGUAUUACAUUAAAGAUGAAGCGACGGUGGAAAUAACAUGACAAUGCUAGAAAGCAGGUUUAUGUAUUCUUUUUGUGCAAUUCGCGAACCAUGACGGAUUGCUUGCUGCCGUCGUUUCUGUAAACUAAUUGCUGUUCUAUUAUAUUUCUAUUAAUCA